GAGAACCAUGGCUGAGACCAGGAGGUCUGAGGAAGUAUUCCUGCCCUCUCACCAUCGACAUGAACACAGUGCACAGAAACCUCAAACUGUCUGACAACAACAGGAAGGUGACAUAUGUGGAGGAGCUUCAGUCAUAUCCUGAUCAUCCAGACAGAUUUGAUGAUGAUAACUUGUUUCCUCAGCUGCUGUGUGAAAAUGUUCUGACUGGUAGCUGCUACUGGGAGGCAGAGUGCAGAGGAGACGUUUUAAUAUCAGUGAGUUACAGAGAAAUCAGCAGGAAAGGAGACGUUGGAGAAUGUAGGUUCGGAUACAACGAUCAGUCCUGGAGUCUGGAGUGCUGUGAAAACGGUUACUCAGUCGCUCACGGGGGCAGAUGCACAUCCAUCCCCAUCUCCUCCUCUGUCUCUAACAGAGUAGCAGUGUAUGUGGACUGUCCUGCUGGCUCUCUGUCCUUCUACAGAGUCUCCUCUGACUCACUGAUCCACCUCCACACCUUCAUCACCACAUUCACUCAUCCUCUCUAUGCUGGAUUUGGGAUCUGGUUCUCUGAUUCCUGGUCUGGUUCCUGUGUGUCUCUAUGUUGAGUGUAAAGAGUGUGAUGGUAGCAGAGAAACUCUGACUGGUGAACAGUUUGUACAUGUCUGUCUCUUUCACUCAGAAACAUCUUUUCA